CGAUCAAUGCCAGCUUCACCCGAGCAGGUGAACCUUGGCUCCAGUCUGGCAAACUGGACCCGCGUCACGCUGCACAGGCGCGGUAAUGGCGGACGCUGCAGAACCUCCUGAAGAGGCAUUUUGUACUUCCGCAGCGUUUCAACAGGCCGCGAAACUUCCGCGAACCAUUCUUCUGGACAUAUUUCAACGCCUACCCGCUGAAGGGGCAGGCGGGAUUAUUUGCGCCAUGCUCACUUGCAGGGACUGGCGCGAUGCGGUGGUCGCGGAGGAGCGGGAUGCGGGGGGCGCAGGGGGGGAGGCGUUCUGGCGGAGAGUGUUUGAGCGGAGGUUUGGGGGAAGGGCCGCGCACUGGAGCAGGGGGGAGCAGCCGCGCGCGGAGGGAGAGGGGGAGGGGGAGGGGGAGGGGGAGGGAGAGGGGGAGGGAGAGGGGGGCGGAGGGAGUGAGUGUGGUGUGUGGAAGAGGAGGUAUAGAGAGAGAGUGGAGGUGGGGAGGAACUGGAGAGAGGGGAAGUGCGGUGCGUGGGGGAUACACGGGGGGAGAGGAGAGGUGUGGGGAGAAGGGGGGGAGAGAGGAAAUACGGCGGAGGAGGAGUGGAGCGAGUUAGAAGCACCAAACGUGACGCAAGAAACACAGUCAGCAGCAACAGCAGCAGCUGCAACUCCAUCAUCAUCAGUACUAUUACCACCACCAUCAUCACCAGUAGCCAUUACUGUGAUCAAGGUAGACAACACCCUCCUCCUCCUCGGUACCUCCCACGGCCAACUGCAGGUUUGGCACCUCCCCUCUCACUCCCUCCUCACCUCCCUCUUUCACCCUCACCCCCUCCCCAUCACCUCCCUCACUCUCUCUGAAAGCCUCGGGGACCCCCCACGGGUGCCCCAACCGCUCUCCCACGCUGCAACUGGGUGUGCUUGUAACGAGGAUGGCUGCUGUGCUAGUCACGGGGAAAGCUGCUGUGCUUGUAACGAGGAUGGGUGGAGGCUAGUGGCGAGUGCAGCAGCGGAUGGGUCUGUGCGCGUCUGGAGCCUCCCGAGGUGGCCCACUGCCAACAGGCCGCCGUCAAAAGUGUUACAAUCAGAGCCACAAGUGACACAAGCAGGGGCGAAUGAGGCACCGGUACCAGCAGGGGCAACCGAGGCACCACCGGUACCAGCAGGGGCAACCGAGGCACCACCGGUACCAGCAGGGGCAACCGAGGCACCACCGGUACCAGCAGGGGCAACGGAGGCACCACCGGUACCAGCAGGGGCAACGGAGGCACCAACGGUACCAGCAGGGGCAACGGAGGCACCACCGGUACCAGCAGGGGCAACGGAGGCACCACCGGUACCAGCAGGGGCAACGGAGGCACCAACGGUACCAGCAGGGGCAACGGAGGCACCACCGGUACCAGCAGGGGCAACGGAGGCACCACCGGUACCAGCAGGGGCAACGGAGGCACCACCGGUACCAGCAGGGGCAUCGGAGGCACCACCGGUACCAGCAGGGGCAUCGGAGCGGCAGGGGUUCGGAGGGACAUGCAUCGCUGUCAUGCCUCGUAGAUCCGGGUCCUCCUCCCUGUGGUUCUUGGAAGGAGAGAUGGGGGAGAGACAAUUGUGGGAGGACCUAGAGCGAGCGAGAGGAGGGGGGAAUGGGGAGGGGGAGAUGGGGGAGAGACGACUGUGGGAGGACCUAGAGAGAGUGGGGUGGAGGCCGAGGAGGUGCAAGAGAGUGCCGAAGGAGAGGUGGGAGGGUGGAGGAAUGAGGGCGAGAGAGUCAGUCACUCGGCCAUGCCGUUACCAGGGAGAAAAGGUGGCAGCCACUCAGGUGUGCCCUCGUGCUUGCAAGGGAGACAUGGUGUGCCCUCGCCCUCGGUAUCUGCUGGGAGAGGGGAGGAGGGGUGGCGUUGACUCGUACAGCAUACACGUGUGGGACUUGGGCUCUGCUGGAUGCUCGUCUGCACCUGGUCAGCAGCGGUCAACGCAGGGUCAACAGAGGUCAACGCACAGUCAUCAGGAGUCAACGCACUGCCAACAUGAGUCAAUGCACAGUCAACAAGAGUCAAUGCACAGUCAACAGGAGUCAGCGCACAGUCAACAGCAGUCAACGCACGGUCAACAGCAGUCAACCCCCAAUCAACAGCAGUCAACGCAUGGUCAACAGCAGUCAACGCACGCAUCACAGCCAUCAUCGCACGUCCCAGCACAGGCCAAGUUGCAGCGUGUGUACCACCGGACCCUAGCCUUUGACUCCUGGACCGGCGUGGUUGCGGUAGCGGUGUCUGACACCGACGCUUACACUCCCAAUCACUCUCACAUUCGAUUGCAGCACGUUCUUUCCAGUCACACCCUGCUGGACAUCCACCCCUGCUGCGAAGCCUCUGAUACAGUCACAGACGUGGCGUUCAGCCACUCAGAGCGGCACACGUGGCGGCUUCUGAUCGGCUCGAUGCUCGGGGUGAUCCGUGUGUAUGACUUGGAGAGAGGAGGAGGGAGAGGGAGUGGCGGAGGAUCUGGAGAGAACCGAGGAGAAAGUAGGGUAGGAGGGGGGCUGAACAGAGGGGGGAGUGGGGGAGGAGGAGGGGGAGAGAACCAAGGGGGGAGUGGCAUCCGGCCAUCUAUCAUGUUCUCCAUCAAGCUGUGGGAGCAGAUGAUGCAGUUCUCACUCAACGAGCGCAUCUUCUGCCUCACUACCGCCAUAAACAACACUCAAGAAGGUAUCCCUGGGUCCGCCUUCGCUCGGGUGUGGGAUGUGGAUGCUGCUGCUGUGGCCGCCCACCUCUGCCAGGUGCUGCCAUGUGCUGGCAGGUGCUUCCAUGUGCUGGCAGGUGCUGGCAGGUGCCGGUGCUGGCAGGCGCGGCCCCCUUUCACGGAGGUGCUUCACUUGGACUCCCAGCAGCCCUGCAUCUCCCCCACCACUGCCACUGCUGUACUGCUACGAGCCGAUGGGGCCAUCGCUCUGUGGACCACCACUCAGUGCAGCACUGACACUCAAUGCAGCAAUGAUAAUGAAACCGUUACAUCUCACUGCAUUACAUCUGACAGCUCUGAUGCAGCACUUGCUCCUCAUCCUUCCCAGCAGUGCCAGGAUGGCUUAGUCUAUCUGCCCGGCCCUCCUCUGUGGCAACCCCAAUCAAAUCUCCCUUCUUGUGCUGCUGCCUCGUCUGCUGCCGCUGCUACUGUUGCUGCUGAUGGUGAUGGUGGUGGUGGUGAUGGUAGUGAUGGGAACGGUGGGGGUGACAUUGGUGAUGGUGACAAUGGGGAUCAGGACAAUAGUGAGUGGGUUAUUGCGGACAGCAACUGGAGAUGGCUGGUUGUGGCACGAGGAAAUAAAGCACAUGUGCACGACUUCAUUCUGCGCUAAAUGUUUCGUUGUAGUGUACCACGAACAAUAAUAUCGGUUAUGAUCAUGCGGCUCCGUGG